AUGAAAGUCUUCAAUUACGGCCCUUUGGCGUUUUGCAUUCUGUCUACCGAGGUCGCUGCUUAUAUACCUGCUCAUGGAUGGAGAAUCGCAGCAGGAGCAGGCUCAGCAACCGUUACUUCCAUCGCCAACAAAUUCAUCGGCGAAAAAGCGGGUGUUAUUGUUGCUGCUCAAAGUGGUGCUCUACAUCUAGUCGACUCCAUUGACACCUGUUGGACGGCAGGGGAAACCAGGACGCGAGAAGAUGCGAAAACCUGUGCCAUUUCCGUCAUCACCACAGCUGGAUCAUUUGCCCUUGCUUACAACAACUUCCAACAAACCGGAUCCUGGAGUAAAAGAGACGAUGGAUUCGCUCAUUUCGAUGACUACUUUAGUCAGAUGGGGGACCAUAUUUCACUCAGUGAUAUUCAUUAUGAGGGGAUGCCUCUCAACCAUACACACUUACCCCAGUCAUUGGGUAAGCGUGAUGUCUAUGAUUCUGGUGUUCGUGCCUUGCACAACUCCAGCAUGCCAUUAAGCUUUGUCUUUCAUAAUAGAAAGACCAACCAUCUGCCUCUUCUGGUGGCUACCAAUGGAACCCAUCAUCAUAUCGGACACCUUCAACCCGUUGAUGAUGCUACAAAUGUGUCAUCAACCCGCAUGACCCGUAGAAAUGAUGAUAACAUCAACCCGGGUUUCACGCAUGUUGGAAAGGGCGGCGUCAAAGUACAGUGCAAUUCCAAAUAUGCCACAAUGACAGACACCCAAGUUCAGGAGUUCAUGGACGAACCUGUUGGACCCAAUACUAAGAAGGCCGGUCUGGAUUUCUUCCUUGAUAUCGUCAACUAUUCAAAUUUUGCUGGAUUUUCUUUCUCUGAAUGGAUCAAGGAUGAUAAGAGAAACUACUUGGAUGGUCAAUGGGCUAUGGAGGGUGAGACUAAUGGAUUUGGAAGUAACUGGGAAAGUAACUGGAACUGGUGCUUUGGUGUCUAUCCGACAAACUGUGAGAAGGAGCUCUAA